AUGCCCUUGAAGCGUGUCCUGCCAAGUUGCCGGGCUCGCAUCUGUCUGAACCAUGGUCGAAUUAUCUACCGCAGAUCCAGGCCAAGCAGUCAUGGCAUAACAUUCGACUGUGGGCGUGGAGCCAGCAGAUUCUAUUCAGAUGCGGCAGACAGUGAUCCCAGACUCAAGGCACUGGGUCGACGUAUAGAGGAUGAUUAUGCUACGAUAAGAGAGAGCUACGCAACGCCCAAACUGCCCAUUGUGCUCGCGCACGGGCUGCUGGGAUUUGCCGAACUCAAGGUGGCUGGCAAUCUGCUGCCGCCGGUCCAUUACUGGUGGGGGAUUGCCGAUGCGCUCCGGGCCAACGGCGUCGAGGUCAUCACAGCGGCGGUACCCCCGUCGGGCAGCAUCGAGCAACGUGCCGCCAAGCUCGGGGAGCACAUUGCCCGCGUCGCCGGGGGCCGGAGCGUCAACAUUGUCGCGCAUUCCAUGGGCGGCCUCGACUCUCGCUACAUGAUUUCGCAUCUGCAGCCCAAGAACGUCGACGUCCGCUCACUGGUCACGGUCGCUACACCGCACCACGGCAGCGCUUUUGCCGACUUUGUCUUUGAUGAAAUUGGCGACGAGAGGCUGCCGCAACUGUAUGGAUUUGCGCGCAAGCUGGGCGUCGAGACGGGUGCCUUUGCGCAGCUGACGCAGAAAUACAUGACUGAAGACUUUAACCCCAAGACACCCGAUGACCCAUCGGUACGAUAUUUCUCCUACGGUGCCAUGAUGGACCAACCCCCUCUGCUCAGCCCAUUUAGAACCACAUGGCAGGUCAUGCAGAACGCAGAAGGACCAAACGAUGGGCUUGUCAGCGUGCAAUCCAGCCAAUGGGGCGACUACAAAGGCACACUUGUCGGUGUGAGCCAUCUAGACUUGAUCAACUGGACCAACAGAUUAAGAUGGACGAUGAAGAAAAUCUGGUUUGGAAAGAAUCCAACAUUCAACGCAGUCGCGUUUUACCUAGACAUUGCGGAUAUGCUUGCAAAAGAAGACCUGUGA